AGAGAGAAAGGCAUUCUAAAAAGGGAACUAUUGCCAAAGGACUUUGAAGACUAUGUAGGAGCCUACCAGAUCAAGUCAAAAAGCUUGCCCAAGCAGUCAGGAAGACCAACCAAGGGUUACAACUAUCGAAACUCACCUCUGAGAUUCUCUGCUGGGCCUCUGCCCUGGAACUGGAGCCCUACAAUGAUGAAAGUCCAGGGUGUCCUCUGGAUCUUGCUUGGACUGUUGCUGUGGCCAGAGUCAGAGACAGCCUCCUCCUUACCCCUGGUCAUGAACUCCAUCAUCCAGGCCCUUGCUGAGCUUGAGCAAAAGGUGCUGGUAACUGAGGCCAGUGGCACUGCCUCUGCACGGAUACUGUCAGCCAAUCAACUCAGCCCCCACAAUUCUCUUCACCAGUACUUGCUGCGGAAGGCACCAAGCCACAACACGACAGAGUCAGAGCCCCACUCACUGAGCCCAGAUCUUCAGGCUCUGAUUUCAGAGGUGGCCCAACAUGAUGUACGGGACGGGCAGGAAUACGGAGUGGUGCUGGCACCCGAUGGCUCCACUGUAGCCGUGAAGCCUCUACUGGUUGGGCUAGAGGCUGGUUUGCAGGGGCACGGUGUUACCAACUUGCCUUCAGACUGCUUGGCCAACCCUUGUGAUGCUGGAGACACCACGACAAACGAUGCAGCCAUCUGGCCAGGACUAAAGGAUGCCUCCACAAAAGCCUCUUCUACAGAUGUUGGAGCCACUUCACCAAACGGAAAAGCUAAGACUCCCACCACUGUGGACAGACUCUUGGCAGUCAUCUUGGCUGGAGACUUGGGUCUGACGUUCCUCCACGGUUCCCAGACUCAGAGUUCUCCAGGCCUGGGAACUGAGGGUUGCUGGGACCAACUUUCUGCCCCCAGGGUCUUCACACUGUUGGACCCCAAGGCAUCCAGGCUCACCAUGGCUUUCCUCAACGGUGCCUUGGAUGGAGCUCUCCUUGGGGAUCACUUGAGCCGGGUUUCUAGGCCCCGGCCACCCCUUAGCCAUCUGCUGAGAGAGUACUAUGGAGAUGGGGUGGCUGGCGAUCCAAAGUUCCGAAGUAACUUCCGAAGGCAGAACGGGGCUGCAUUGACUUCUGCUCCUACCCUGGCCCAGCAGUUAUGGGAGGCCCUUGUCCAGUUACAGAGACUGGAGCCAAAACAGCCACAGUUGCAGAACAUGACCCAAGAUGAGCUGGCUCAGGUGGCUACCCUUGCUACCAAGGAGUUCACUGAGACUUUCCUGGGAUGCCCAGCCAUUCUCCCUCGCUGCCGCUGGGGAGCCGCGCCCUACCGAGGCAACCCGACACCACUCCGGCUGCCACUGGGAUUCUUAUAUGUGCAUCACACAUACGUGCCAGCGCCACCCUGCACCACCUUCCAGCGCUGUGCCGCUAACAUGCGCUCGAUGCAGCGUUUCCACCAGGAUGUGCGUCACUGGGAUGACAUCGGCUACAGACUGAAAACUAAGAACUCAUCUGAGGGAGCCUUGGAGAUCCAGUAA